AUGAAUCCGACCUGUAGUAUCAUUGACUGCUGCGAGCCUUGUGUCGAUGAACUAGAGGCUGUCAUGAAUUGCAUUGCUCAAGAUGCCUUGGACAUCACCCAACAGGAGUCAAAUAGCGAUUGUGUUCUGACGUGCACUGCAACCAGUCGUCGUCAUAGGCGUCAAUUGGAACCAGAACGAAAGAUGGCUGGCCAUGAUGGAAACACGGCUAAUAACUUAUUCGACCAAAUGCUUUCGCCAGAAACCAUAUUGGCAGAGUGUGGUCUCCUUUUCGAGACAGCAGAUGGAUUGAACGGAUUGAGAGCAGGAAUCGAGGAGCUUUCAACACGUAUUGUGGAAGGAGCAUUCUUCAAAUGCCUCUUUGAAAGUCUCAUUGCCUUGGCUGAUCAAGGAGCCAAAGAAAGCAGCAAUGCAAAUGCUUCCUCUCCAACAGCAGCGCCGGAAACAGCAACCGAUACUGCUGCAGCGGUUGGUUCUGGGCAUUUGUCUAGUCCAUCAACGCUGAUAGUCUCGGCUAUCAUGAUGUUGGUUGGAAGUAUUUUAAUUUUAAAGUUCGGAUUCCAAUGCGAUCUUGUUUCAAAUCGAGGCCAAUUAGAAGUAUUGGAUGAACUAAAAUGA